AGAACAGUAGCUCUCUCUCUCUCUCUCUUGAACUUUGCUUUUUUGCAGCUUUAUUCGGCUAGGCAGCUUGUACUUGUUGAUGUCAACUCUGGAUUUUCAUUUGACCUUUUCAAUCGAAAGGGUGUUGCUUGGGGAGUGAUAUUUGUUGUAUGGGAGAACGAAAUCGUGCGUUUGUCGUUUGAUUCUGGCAAUGUACCGUAAUGUUUGAAUCGGUUCUUGCUAUUGAUGAAAAAGUCGAGGGAUUUACUCUCAAUGGGUCAUUGUAAUUUUCUCCUAAAAGGUUGUUUGGGCGGCAUAUUGUCUGAGAAACUUUCUGGGUUUUCUUUUGUCAAUUGAAUUUCCGUUUCUAUCGGUCUUCUCUUUCCCGUCCUUCUAAAUAAUCAAUAGCAGGUUUUUUAGUUUCUGCAGAGGUUUUAACGAGAAGAGGGAAAUUUUGGAGAAUUUUCGAUAUUUUAGUUCUGAGUCUCCUUAGGUUUCUUGUUUACUUUCCUGUUUGGUGACAUUUGUUUACGGUUUGGUCAUUGUCUAUUUUUUGUUGAGAACAUUAGACGCUCUUGGUAUGUCAUAUCUGUAUAGAGUUUGCUGUGCUUUUAGUCGAACAGCCCAAGAAGAAUGCACCUCCAUUUUCAAAUUUGGUCACUUAGCGUCCUGUAUUCAGAAGAGAUGGAAGAAGCCAGUAAUUUCUGCACGGAUGCGGUUGGAGGACAGAACAAGGGAUAUUAAAUUCGAUAAGCUGGUGAGAAAUUUGAGAAGAUUGAAAAUAGUACUGAGGUUACAAAAAUUGAUCUUGGAUCGAAAGAGUCCUUAUGUGUCUGUGCAAAUAAUUUCUAAGUGGAGGCGCAAGGUUUCUUUGAACAUUGGAAUGGGGAUUUUCCUGAGAAAGUAUCCUCAUAUAUUUGAGAUUUUUACUCAUCCAGUGAAGCGGAAUGCCUGUUGCAGAUUGACUAGGAAAAUGAUUGAAUUGAUUGAAGAGGAGAACAAUGUCAUUAGAGAAAUGGAAUUCGUGAAUACCCAGUGUUUAAAGAAACUUCUGAUGAUUUCGACCAAUGGGUCACUGCAUAUUCAUGCCAUAAGGUUGAUCACUCGUGAAUUAGGGUUGCCUGAUGAUUUCAAAGAUUCAAUCAUUUUAAAGUAUCCCAACGAUUUCAGAAUGGUAGAUAAUGAAAUAUUGGAACUGGUGUCUAGGGAUGAAAGUUUGGCAUCUGCAGAAAUUGAAAAAUGGAGAGAGAAAGAGUAUACAGAAAAAUGGUUGAGUGAAUUUGAGACCAGAUAUGCUUUUCAAAUUCAAUUUCCAACUGGUUACAAGAUUGAGAAGGGUUUUAGGGAGAAACUGAGGAAUUGGCAGAGACUCCCGUAUUUGAAGCCCUACGAAAAACCUGUAAGCAUUCGAGUUCGCUCUUGUGGAGGGGUUGCUCGAUUUGAGAAACGUGCCGUUGGUAUUCUUCAUGAGUUCUUGUCUUUAACUGUGGAGAAGAUGAUUGAUGUUGAGCGCAUCUCACACUUCAGAAAGGAUUUUGGCAUGGAAAUUAAUGUGCGAGAACUUCUUCUUAAGCACCCUGGCAUCUUUUACAUAUCGACAAAAGGGAACACCCAGACUGUUUUCCUUAGAGAAGCAUACAGCAAAGGCAACUUGAUAGAGCCAAAUCCUGUCUACGUUGUUCGCAGGAAGAUUCUUGAUCUGCUUUUGCUUGGUCAGCGGUGCGGUAGAGGUUUGAGAUUAGAGAGAAGUGAACAGUUGCAGAGAAGAGCUGGAAUUGAAGUUAGAGAAGGCCCAAGAGAUGGAGAUUGGGUGAUUCCAAUUUUAGAUGAUAUAGAAUCUGAAGCUGUUGGUGGUGAUACCAGUAAUGAAGAUGAUGAUGAAUCUCUGUAUGAUUUGCAUGAAGAGGUUGGUGGUGAUAGUAUAGGUAAUGUUGGUGAUGAUUGUGAAGGUGAUGAUGCUUAUUUCACUAGCAUCAGUGACGGAGAUUCUUGCAUUGAAAAGUAGCAGAAUGUGAGGAAAUGCGAAGAAACUUAUGAAGUCCUUCUAUCCAUGGAUGUGCAUGCACCUGGGACUUCUCUCUAGGUUUGAAUCUUUGAGCUUAUCUGAAUAAAUCCUUCCCAAUAUUUGUUAUUGCUAGGAUCAAGGAUGGUCAACUGGAUGCAAGAAAAACUUUGCCUACGCAAUUUUCAAGCGGUGGCCUAAGUUGUUGCAGAUACUGCCACAAAGUCAUCUAUUUUAUCCAACCCUGAUUCUGUUUGAAGGAACGUUGCAAAACAUAGUUUCUUCUUUGUGGUUUCAUUUGUUGGUGGCUUCGGGUUUCCAUGAACAGAUGCUUUCGCCACUGGUGCAAUCUUGAAGUUGGAUCCUCACUGCAGGUCACGAUUUUCACUCGGUUGGUUUCUUCUCACUAGACCAACAGCCACGCACAUCUACGAUCCAAAGGAUUUGAAUGCAACAAGCAUGCAACAGAUAACGAGUCUGCUCAACAGCGCUUUGCAUCUGACGGCCUUCCAGCAUCUGCAUCGACGCAGUUAGCUGGUCACAUUCCUAGCAGAUGAUAAUCGUAUGUGAUUUUUAGUCUAAAGGGCUUUUAGCCUUUUAAUUUGUGAAGUAUGUGACCUUGAAAUGUAAACGAAACGAUGUUAAAUCUCCAGUAGUAUGUGUCGCACUUACCACAGAUGAUGCUGUUGAAGGUUUAAUGUUUUGCUUCAAGAUGACUCGCAUUUAUCUUCAAGGAUGCGAGCAUAUAUAAUUUGUCA